AUGGAUGAAACAACUGAUAUUUCUCGUUAUGAACAAGUAUCAUUAGUCAUACGAUAUACCGAUGGUCAGUUUCAUGUUUAUGAACGAGCAUCCAGCACAACUGGUGAUGUUGGCCAGUGCUUUGAUGGAACUAGCGCAAUGCGCGGCACGUAUAAAGGUGUUGCAGAACGUUUAAUACAAAUAGUACCAACUGCCUUGUAUAUUCAUUGUAAUAAACAUAUUUUAAAUUUAUGCUUAAUUGAUGUAGCACAAGCCGUGGUGCCUAUUAGAAAUAAUUUUGGUGUUAUGAAAUCACUUUACAAUUUAAUCGAAGGAUCAGCUAAACGUCAUAAAGAUUUUGAAGAUAUUCAAAAAGAAGUAUGUUUGGUACCGAUACCAUUAAAGCAAUUAGGCAACACACGUUGGACAUGUCGUUUUGAAUCUUUAAAAGUUAUUUUAAAACAAUAUUCUGAAAUAAUAGCUGAUUU